AUGGGAACCACGGAGUGCAUCGACUCGACGGAGCCUGCUUCUCAGCUUGACAUGGAGAAAGGCAACGCUCUAGAUAUGGGUAACGGCAAGAUGGACGACGAUCUCAACCGCGAGAUGGCCAACCGUGGCACGGCCACCGAGCAUGAACUCGGAUACUGGGAAGCCUUCGUCAUUUAUCGCAAGGGUGCGCUUUGGUCCAUGUUCAUCUCUUUAUCCAUCAUCAUGCGCGCCUACGACAUCGAGAUCACGGGUAAUUUCUAUGCUCUACCGGCAUUUCGACAGCACUUUGGCGUCUACUAUGAAGGUCACGGCUGGCAGAUCCCUGCCAAGUGGCAGGUAGCCCUGUCCAUGGGAUCGCUUGUUGGGCAGAUCCUCGGUGCCUACUUGGUGACCUUUCCGAUGGAACGGUUCGGACGCAAGAAAACCUUUGCGGUCUCCCUUUGCUUGACCGCUGUCUUGACGUUUAUGCAAUUCUUUGCGUCCAACAUUGGCGUUCUGACUGCGUCGCAGUAUCUCUCCGGAAUUAUCUGGGGCAGCUACUGUGUGAUUGCCACAACAUACGCCUCGGAGGUACUUCCGAUGCGUUUGCGAGGAUUUCUGACGGGGUAUAUUAAUUUAUGCUAUGUGAUGGGCCAGUUCAUUCAGACUGGCGUGACUCGGGGUUUCAUCUCGCGAACAGACGAGUGGGCCUAUCGCAUCCCGUUCGCCAUCCAGUGGAUAUGGCCUGUCGUGUUGCUAGCAGGCCUAGGGUUUGCCCCGGAGUCACCGUGGUGGUUAAUCCGAGAGAACCGCAUGGAAGAUGCCCUGAAAUCUCUGGGAAGUCUCAGUGAGCCUCAUCCAAAGGUGGACCUGCAGGAAACAUUGGCCAUGAUGGUCAAAACCGACAUCCUUGAGCACCAGUUGGAUGUCGGUACUUCAUAUUCAGACUGCUGGAAAGGACCCAAUCGCCGCCGCAUGGAGAUAUGCAUCAUGCUUUUUGUCAUACAAAACUUCUCGGGCAACCCUGUCGGCUUCGGGACGUAUCUGUUUGAACAAACCGGUCUGAACAAUAUCCAGUCUUUUGAUAUGGGAGUCGGUUUGAAUGGCAUGGGCUUCGUCGGCACUUUGAUGUCUGCCAUUCCCCUAAUCUACUUUGGUCGGCGCCCCUGCUAUAUCUUCGCCAUGAGCUCCAUUGUGACGAUUCUCUUCAUUGUCGCCAUCAUGUGCUUCGCACAUGACUACUCCACCAACCAUGCUUAUGCAUGGGCUCAGGCAGUUCUGCUAGUGAUUCUAGCCUUUGUUUGGCAGAUGACCCUGGGUCCGCUGACAUAUGUUAUUGUCUGCGAGACACCGUCAACAAAGCUACGAUCUAAAACCAUUGCCAUGGCUACGAUGAUUGACGCAUUUACCGGAUUGGUUACUACCGUUAUCGGGCCAUAUCUACUCAAUCCCGGGGCGGCGAACGCAGGUGCCAAGAUCGAAUUUCUUUAUGCCGGCAUUUCUGUCUUCUCGUUAACUUGGUGCUAUUUCAGGCUACCUGAAACGAAAUCUCGGACAUACGAGGAGCUGGAUCUGAUGUUUGAGAGAAAGGUGCCCGCGAGGGAGUUUAAGAGCUAUGUCAUUGGCAAUCUGGACGAGUAG